AUGGAAGAUUUGGGGGCUCAAAUCGAUCGAGGUCUUAGGAGAUCUCCUGCCCCUCUCUCCCUCUGUUGCAGAGGGGGGAGGGGAGGACGAGGGGAGGUCGCGGACGAAGAGCUUGGCGGUGGAGGGAUCCACGGCCUGCGGGGGGUCGAGGCCGCGGGAGCCGCACCAGUUGAAGAUGGCCGCGCGGAGGGCCAGGUUGGGGAUGAGGAGAUCGGCGGCGGAAACCUCGCCAGCGCCGGGAGGCACCACGCGGAGGUCUUUGCAGGCCUGGAUGCAGCUCCGCUCGUAGGUGUGGCCGGUGACGAUGAUCACGGGGUCGGCCAUCAGGCGUCCGGAGAUGGGGCAGACGAAUUCCCUCGGAAUCUCUACCGACGCCGCCACAUCAGUCGGCGGAGGCGUCACCGGCCUAGGGUUCCGGCUGGCGGAGGACGACGAAGAACGGUGGUUGUGGCUGAGGUUGGGGAACCAGCGCGCCGCCUUCCCGUGGCUGCCCAUCUUCCUCUUCUUGUUCUUCUUCUUCUUCUUCCUCCGCGUCUGAUCCUCCGCUCGCUCAUGUGGCAGGGGGCGAGCGCCGCGGAGGGGGCAGGAAAGAGGGGGAAUCACCCAUCCCUUCUAUACCCUCUAUCCUACCAUUUCUGCGCUCGGAAGCAGCACCAGACGCAGCAGCGAUGGAGGUGGGAAACCCUUUGACCCUCGGGAAGAAGAGGAAGGAAGUUUCAAGGCGGCCAAGGCGUGGACUCUCUCUCUCUCUACAUUCUCAGAUGUAGAGAGAGAGAGAGAUAGAGAGAGGCUGAGCUGUGUGGGGCUCUGGAGGCAUCUCCACGGGAUCUGUCCGGCCGGUGAGGACCUCAUAAGGUAGGACCCACUGAAAUCUGGAAAAAGUCUUCGAAUCCUCCCGCUGACGAAAAAUGGGCUCGCUAGUCUGCUUAAAUAUCUAACGGGUCGGGCUUCGUUAUGUGCGGGCCCGGGCUGAGCGUACCUUAUGAAGCUCAGAUUUGGAGGAAGCUGGGCCCAACAAGAAACCUUGGGCCCCGCCCGCUCCAUCGUUGUUCUAAGCGAGAGAGAGAGAGAGAGAGUUGACUUGUGAAAGGAAAUCGGGUUCCGGACCUUCAGGUCGGGCUUCAUCGAAGUAUAGACCGGGCCCAGAUGCACGUGGGGGGCCUUGAUAUUUCGGCCCGGCCCGUGACACCCCACCAUAAUAUCUUUGCCUUGCAAAAAAAUUAGAAAUUUGCAAAUUAAUCCUCCGAGAAAUAUUUUUAUACAUUUUCAGACGUGGUCUCCUACGAACAAAAAAAUUGCACGUAUACGCCAAGCCAGGGGUCAAUUGAAGUCACGGUAGAUUUCCUAAGUUUACACUUAUAUGAGGGCAUUAUCGAAAAUAUCCCUAUCCACGAUUUCUGAGGGAUGACAUAAACAAGGGGUAUCAGAUUUUUCCUCCACCCUGCAAGCAUCCUAUUAGCCUGA